AUGCUGUCAAACUCGGGGUUACAGCAGAUUCUACUGGUACUCUGUGCUGCAAUAUUUUCUGUUCAAGGUGCUAUUGAAGAAAGUGAUGGGUAAGUGGUUUGUUGAACAAAAAUUUAUGGCACUUGACCGAAUAAAGCCACAGUUUUGUAAAAAUUACGCCAAGAUUUAAAAUCGCGUUUUGCAGAAACAAAAUAGAUAAAACUUUUAAAAAGUCACCUUUUUUGCGGUUUUUGGGAUAAAAAUAAUAUACAAUACAUUUGAAAUACAGUGUAAAAAUUUUCUACAAAAAAAUUCCCGGCGAAAUUUUAUUCUGGCCGUCUCUCCUCAAUUUUCAUAGUCUCUUGCCAAAAAAAUCUCUUGCCUAAAAUCUUAGUCUCGCUGAGAAAAAACCUUAGAAAUUUUCACAAUUGAGUUAUGAGUAAGAUAUGUAGGUACUCCUCGAUUUUGCAGAAAAUACAAAGUCUACCGGCUUAGCCCAACGGACGAAGCUCACUCCACAGCCUUGAAUUUGCUCUACAAUAGUGGUGAAUUUGACUUCUGGAAAGAGCCCUCGGCCGGAAAUAAGUCCGCUGAGAUUAUGAUCACCCCCGCCCAAGAGAGUCAGUUCAAAGUUUUCCUCGAUUCCACGAAAAUCCCAUUCCAAGUGCUGGUGGAGGAUCUGAAUGCGUAAGUGUCUAAAGUAAUAUAAUUCAAUAAAAAAUCAUGAAAUAAAAAAAAAAAAAAAAUUUAACCACUUUAAAAAAGCCAUAAACGAUCUGCGAUCAAAAAGGGCCAUAAUUUUCACCAAAUCUUUAGAGCUCUUCUGUGCGUGCUUCCGUGGCGCAAUCGGUUAGCGCGUUCGGCUGUUAACCGAAAGGUUGGUGGUUCGAGUCCACCCGGGAGCGAGUACUUUUUUGAUAAUUUUCAAAUUGAAAGUCGAUUUCUAACUUCAAAAGUAUUGGAUUUUGCAACAUAAGAAGAUUUACGUUUUCUAACAACCAUUUACAGUCUAAUCUACGAAAAAGAAGGCCCAAAUAAUUGGAGGUCCCGAGCUCUCCGAUUUCUGGGCCAUGGAAAACGCGAUGCUAUAGAUGGAGAUCACACAUUUGGCCUCAUUAUGGGCGAGUACUACUCAUACGACGAGAUUGUCAGCUACAUGAGAAGGAUCGUUGAGGCGUUGGGAGGGAAGGCUAAGAUGAUUUCGAUUGGCCGAACGCAUGAAGGAAGGGAAAUCUAUGGAAUUCAGGUGAGCUAUCGAAAUUUUUGAGGUCCGCGGUUAGUAGAAAUGCAAAAAGAUUGGAUAAAUGGCAAUAAUUUUGCUUAAUUUACCUUAUUUUACAGUUCGGCCGACCUGCUGACAAAUCGCGCACUGUGACUUGGAUUGAUGCCGGAAUCCACGCCCGUGAAUGGACAGCUGUCCACACUGGCAUCUACAUGCUCUACGUUGUAGGUUGAAGUUACUAGUUUUACAAAUUUCAAUGAUUUUUGAAAUUUUUUUAUAAGAAAAAUAUUAAAUUUUUUUGUCGAAACCAAGUAAAAUCUCUAAAAAUUUGAUCUCCCAAGUCUUUAUAAAUUUAUAUUUUAUAUUUCCCCUCAGGUAGCCAACGCUUUGCUCAACGGAAAUCAGCCGGUCCAUCAAAAAAUCUCCUCCUAUCUCCAAAACAACGACCUUUUGAUCUUCCCUUGCGUGAAUCCGGAUGGCUACGAGUACACGAGGACUCAUCCCGAGCUGGCCGAGGUCCGUUUCUGGCGAAAGAAUCGCUCUCCCGAAAUCUGUGGGCACCUGAAAAGCGGCGAACACCGGUGUUGCAGAGGGGUGGACCUCAACAGAAACUUCGAUUUCCACUUCUCAGGUCCGCCUUUCGAACGGUUCAGUGAGUGGUGAUGGUUUACAUGAUAGCUCGUCUAACAACAAAUCGAGAUUACAAGGGAGAUUUGAAGUUUGAAAAAGGGUUUACAAAUUUGAAAUCGCCCAUCCACGUCAAUCCAGCGCAUUUCCGUUUUAUCGGAUAGUGACUUUUCGUUUUGAACGAAUCACCAAAAAGAGGCGGGAGAUUUUUUCUUCUAUUUUGGAUUGACGUGCCAUCUCGAUUUGUCGCUAACAUAGUUGUGACUAACAAAGUAACUCCCAACUUUUGCCGUGCAUGCUUUUAAUCUUUUUUUAAUAACCUACAGCUUUGUGCAUCACAUACACUAGACAUUUUUUUGCUUUCAACGCCCAUUUUUUGUUACUUUUGAUCGAAAAUGAAUUCAGCCGGUGGUGCCAGUACUUAUCCUUGCUCCGAGAUCUUCCAUGGGCGAAAUGCCUUCAGCGAACCGGAAUCUAAGUCGGUUGUAGCACUAAGAUACGAGUAAUUUUUGAUUUUUUAGAGCGAUCCGAGAUGCUGUUCUCAAACUCGGCCCACAACGAUUGGUGGCCUUUAUUUCGUUGCACGCCUACUCUCAGCUGGUCAUCUAUCCCUAUUCCAAUGACAAAACUUACUUCCCACCUGACAUUGAUGAGUUGAAAAGCUUGGCCAAACGAGCGGUAAAUGCGAUUGGCCAGAAGUACGGGACCAAUUAUCAGUAUGGAUCCGGCCCGGAAAUUAUUUGUAAGUCCACAAAUGACAUAAAAAUAUUGGGCAUUUCAUUCAAAUUGCAAGCAAGAUUACUAUAACUUCCAUCUUUUUGAGAUUACCGUAGAUUCAUUUUUUUCGAUUCUUCAACAUCUUCCCGACGACCUUUCCCUUGGCUGAAUUUUUGUGACACAGCGUAAAAAGUCGUCUUUAGUGAUUGCGCAAUUUUUGGGACAUUCGCUUUUUCUCUUCCUGAAAAUCAAAGGGCGGAGGCAGUGUGCCCGGUUAGCUCAGUCGGUAGAGCACCAGACUCUUAAUCUGGCUGUCGCGGGUUCGAGCCCCGCAUCGGGCUAAGGCUCUUUUUGAACUUUUUCGUAAAUUUUGUUUCCAAAAAAGGUAAAAUAAGUACAGUGUGUUAUUUUUCAUGAGUUAAGUAGCUGUUUUGUUCUUGAAUUUUAGAUAUUUGGUGAUAAUUUUUCUUAUUUUAGACGCUUAUACUGGUGGAUCAGCUGAUUGGGCCAAAGAAACGGUUGGAAUCAAAUAUACUUAUACGAUUGAGCUGAGGCCGACUUACACAUGUGAGUGUAACUUCUUAUAAAUUUAGUGUUCAUUCGCUUUCCCUCAAUUUGACCGUAGUAAUCAUCGUUUUUUUAGCUUGGAAUGGCUUCGUUUUGGAUAAAGCUCAAUUGAUCCCCACAGCUCGAGAAACUCUCGACGGGAUGGCCGUUAUGUUGGACGCUGUCGAUCAAAGAUCCCCCAAUCCUCAUGCAACAGUAGCUCCAGCAAAAGUCGAAUGUAAGACCUCGAAUUUUUGAAUUAUUUUGAGAUCAGAUGGGCAAGUAUAAUAUAAAAUUUCAGUCAUCCCAGCUGGCCGCUCCUUAGUAAACACUCAAUCCAAUCCACCGGCAACAUGCCAGGACCGUGCUCCCAGUUGUAUGAGCUGGAUCAAGGAGAGGCCAACGAUUUGUGUGGAUGCGAGAAGUGCCAUGGUCCGGGAAUGUAAAAGAUCCUGCAGUUUAUGCUAA